AUGGCGAAAAACGUUCAGUUGAAGUUGCUACAAAAGAGAGAGAGGCAAAUAGUGCUUCUCAUGGACAGUGUUGACCGAUUCGUGCAGAAUUAUGAACCAGAUCGUGAUGAGUGUCAGAUUGCUUCAAGGCUUGAAGCCUUGGAGCCUGUGUUUGGUGAAUUUCACGAAGUGAGAAGCAAAAUUGAGAUGAUUGUGUUUGAAAGUGAAGAAAAGAAAGACAAGGAGCUCUACGGCGAGGCAAAAGAAGAAGCUGGAUUCCAGCGGGAAGAAGAAAACGACAAGAUACUGCUUAGCUUUGAGGAUCGUUUCUUCCAGCUAAAGGGUGCGCUUUCGAAGUUGCAGAGCAUCCGACAUCAACCUGCAAGCUUGAGCGAGUCUUCUCACAAUCAUGAGCGUGUGUCCAUGGGAUCGAGAGUGAAGCUGCCAGAGAUUCGAUUGCCCAGCUUUGGUGGAAAGCUUCGCGAUUGGGUUUCGUUCCGCGAUAGCUUCCAGAGCCUAAUCCACAACAACGAGCAACUCGCACCCAUGGAGAAGUUUACCUAUCUGAGGUCAGCUCUCUCCGGCGAUGCACUGAAGGAGGUACUCUCUAUCGAGCUGUCAGAUGCUAAUUACAUCGUAGCGUGGGAAAUUCUUAAGGAGCGGUAUGAGAACAAAAAACUCAUAGUGAAGGCAUACUUAGACGGAUUGUUUUCGUUGGAAUCGAUCAGGAAAGAAGGUUAUGAGAGCAUCAACUACCUCAUAACUGAGUUUGAGAAAAACCUAAUGAUGCUGCAAAAGGUUGGUGAGGACACCGAUGGUUGGAGCACCAUACUAGCGCAUAUGCUCUACACCAGGCUAGACUCUGUCACUCUGAGAAAUUGGGAAACUCAUCACAACAGCACAGAAGUGCCAAAAUACGAGGACAUGAGGAAGUUCCUACGCAACUACUGUUCCGUUCUGCAGUCAGUCGCUCCAGCCAAAGAACCCCGCUACAACGUCACCGAUCAUCAUCAGUCGAGAACCCAAUCAGCAAGCUACACAACAGUUAAGUCCUCAAACCAGUGUCCAUUCUGCAAUGAAACAUGGCACUCACCAUUUCAAUGCCAGAGAUUCCUUCGAUUGAAGAUAUCAGAACGUGUUGAAGCCGCCAAUCGAAGUCGAGUCUGCAGAAAUUGCCUACAGCCUGGUCAUUUUGCGACAAACUGCACACGUAGCAGUUGUCGGUUAUGUCAACAAAGGCAUCACACUAUGUUGCACGCUACGCGAUCCUCCGUUCCAAAUCCGUCGAAUCCGAGACUCAGUCAACUGUCAAACGCACAACCAACUCUAGAAAGCACCCAUAUUUAUUCACAGCAAGCUUAUCAACAGCAAAGACAACAAACCAUGCCAAUAGUUACGGAAACACACACUCAACCACUAAAUGCAACACACAAUUUACCAAACACAACCACACAAGUCAAUUCACCUAUGCCAAGCACAAGCCAAAGCUACGUAGCACUAUCUGUCAAGCCUGCAUCGAAUACCCUGCUUCCUACCGCUCUUAUCAAGAUCAAAGACCGCUACGGUAACGCUCUGACGGCUAGAGCCCUGCUAGACUCUUGUUCGCAACAUUGUUUGAUGACUGAAGAGUUUUCGAGAAAGCUGAAGCUCGAAGAAACACCCACGUUUUUGUCAGUUCAGGGUAUUGGGUCGUCUGAGUCAGUGUCAACGAAAACCAUACGUUCUGAAGUCUGCUCACGUUCACCAAAAAUAUCUGGUUUCCGCGAAACUAUGCAAUUCUUUGUGUUGCCCAAACUCACGCUGCAGCUACCUUCGUCAUCGUUUCAUCCUCCGCCCAUGUCGAUUCCCGAUUCCUCUUUGCUAGCUGAUCCUUACUUCCACGAAUCAAAGCGGAUCGAUGUCGUCAUUGGUGCCGAGUAUUACUUGGAGUUGUUGAAGAAUGAACGAAGAAAAGUCACGAAGAAUGGUCACAUGCUUCACAACUCUGUUUUUGGUUGGAUUGUGUCAGGUCGAGUGGUCGAAUCUCCGCGCCCCGCCCAAGAUUUCCUCAUGAACCCACAGUCAGAAAUGAAGUGGAACGUUUCGUCGUUGCCCAACCCAAGAAUAAAUCAGUUUGCGUCAGAUAUGAUAAGUCAGAGAGAAUGA